AUGUACGGGAGUGGACCGGCAUCUUCUGUGAGUGGUUCCAGCACCGCUCACUUAGGAGCACAGUUACAGUCCCGACGAGAUGUGGACGGUGAGAUCUUUGGUGGUGGUGGCCAAAUAAAAGAUACGAUAGAAGUUACAGAGGAACGCAGCGGAUUCGCCGAGGCUUCUGCUCUUGCGCAGGCUAGCGCAAGUGCCAACGCAGGCGGAUUUUAUGGCGGUGGUCUAGAUAGGAUAUGGACGCGAUGUUCGUACGAAGGGCAGAUGUACUACGACUACAACUUGGGCGGUGGAUGCUUGGUCUGCGCCUGUUUCAACACCAACGGGUUCCUUGCACCCAAAUGCCGCUCUUGCAACGGCUGUGGAUAUCAGCCUAGACCCGAGCCAAUACCACCACUACCACCAUUCCCACCAGUGCCACCCCUACCACCAUACAAUCCAUUGCUGCAAAUAUUAUAUUUUGUAAUUUUUCAGGCCCCCCCACCAAUCGUGAUUCCCGGACCACCGAGGCCCUACCCAGUACCAGUCCCUGUACCUGGAAAGCCAAUAGUCAUCCACGUACCAGUGCCUGUACCAUCGCCUCCAGUUGUCAUCCCCGGACCACCCAGGCCUUACCCCGUUCCAAGACCGGUACCCGUCCCAUACCCUGUUAACCGACCAUACCCCGUUCCUACACCACCAAGACUCAUACCCGUACCCGUACCACGCCCUGUACCAGUACCUGGACCAGAAAGGGAAGUUCCCGUACCAGUUCCUGUACCGUCUCCACCAGUACCUGUUCCAGUUCCGGUCCCAGGACCACCAAGGAAUGUUCCCGUACCUGUACCUGUGCCAUCUCCUCCAUUACCCGUGCCAGUUCCUGUGCCAGUUAACAGAUUCAUCCCCUUGCCAGGAAAAGACCGACUUGUUCCAGUUCCAGUACCAGUAACCCACAACAAGUACUACCCAGUACCUAUUAUAAUAUACGUAUCCCCCGUUUGCAGAGGACACGCCCCAUUAGUACCGUUCCGCCUCCCAGGCGACUACUGCUACAUCCACGUGUGCAAGAUAAGAUACAAUUAUGUGUACCUAGAAAGCCAGAGAGACGCCGCCUGUGACUACACCCCGUACCAGCCAUUCGGACCCUAUUACGGAGGUGCAUCUGCAUCAGCCAGUGCAAAUGCCAACGCUAACAGCUGGGGUGGCUGGGGAGGUUCUAGCGCUCACGCUGACGCAGAAGCUAGCGCUCUAGGCGGAUGGGGAGGUUUAGGCGGAUACUCAAAUGCAGAAGCUAGUGCUGAAGCAGCAGCUAAUGCCUACGGUGGUGGUUUGGGACCUUAUGGUGGACUAGGAGGAUUAGGGGGUCUUGGUGGAUUAUCAAGUGCACAAGCGAGUGCCGAAGCAGCUGCUAAUGCCUACGGCGGUGGUUUGGGACCUUAUGGUGGACUAGGAGGAUUAGGGGGUCUUGGCGGAUUAUCAAGUGCACAAGCAAGUGCUGAAGCAGCUGCUAACGCCUACGGCGGUGGUUUGGGACCUUAUGGUGGAUUAGGUGGCCUCGGAGGUUAUUCAAAUGCACAAGCAAGUGCUGAAGCAGCUGCUAAUGCCUACGGCGGUGGUUUGUUACCUUACGAUGGCUACGAUGGACUAGGACUAGGAGGACUGGGAGGAUACUCCAAUGCACAGGCGAGUGCUGAAGCAGCGGCUAAUGCUUACGGCGGCGGUCUAUCACCAUAUGGCGGCCUAGGUGGCCUCGGAGGUCUUGGAGGAUAUUCAAACGCACAAGCUAGUGCGGAAGCAGCUGCCAAUGCUUACGGUGGAGGUUUGUCCCCGUACGGAGGAUGGGGAGGACUUGGAGGCCUCGGUGGGUAUUCGAGUGCACAAGCAAACGCUGAAGCUAAUGCUCUUUCUGGAGGUCUAGGAGGUCUAGGAGGUCUAGGCGGUCUAGGAGGUCUAGGAGGUUGGUCCAAUGCCGAAGCUAAUGCAAACGCCGGUAGUUACGGAGGCUGGGGUGGUUCCAAUGCUAACGCUGUUGCCAACGCUUUGAGCAGUGGUGGAGGCUGGUCUAACGCAGAAGCCGUAGCAAACGCUAACGCCGGAGGCUACGGAGGUGGCUGGUCAGAUGCUAGUGCAUCCGCUUUAGCCCAAGCCAGUUCAUGGAGUAAAACCGCCCCAACUGAAGAAUAA